CGCGCCCGCUCCGUCCGCUCCGCCCCGCGCCGCCAUGACGCUCCUCGCUGCCGGCAGCCGCGCGGCCGCGCGCCUCCGCGGGCCCAAGAAUGCUCCAUGUGUCCUCUUUGCUGCCCGCCACGCUGCCACUGCUGCCACAAACCUGAAGGAUGUCCUGGCCUCCAUGAUCCCCAAGGAGCAGGCGAGGAUCAAAAGCUUCCGCCAGCAGCACGGCAGCACGGCCAUCGGGCAGAUCACGGUGGAUAUGGUGUACGGCGGGAUGCGGGGCAUGAAGGGGCUGAUCUACGAGACCUCAGUGCUGGACCCCGAUGAGGGGAUCCGCUUCCGUGGGUUCAGCAUCCCUGAGUGCCAGAAGCUGCUGCCCAAAGCGGCGGGGGGGGAGGAGCCACUGCCUGAGGGGCUCUUCUGGCUGCUGGUGACGGGUGAGGUGCCCACCCCAGAGCAGGUGAGCUGGGUGUCCCGUGAAUGGGCCAAGCGGGCGGCGCUGCCUUCCCACGUGGUGACCAUGUUGGACAACUUCCCCACCAACCUGCACCCCAUGUCCCAGCUCAGCGCCGCCAUCACCGCCCUCAACAGCGAGAGCAAAUUCGCACGCGCUUACGCUGAGGGCAUCAACCGUGUGAAGUACUGGGAGUUUGUCUAUGAGGACGCCAUGGAUCUCAUUGCCAAACUGCCCUGUGUCGCUGCCAAGAUUUACCGCAACCUUUACCGUGAGGGCAGCAGCAUCGGCGCCAUCGACCCCAACCUGGACUGGUCCCACAACUUCACCAACAUGCUGGGUUACACCGACCCGCAGUUCAUCGAGCUGAUGCGCCUCUACCUCACCAUCCACAGUGACCACGAAGGGGGCAACGUCAGCGCCCACACCAGUCACCUGGUGGGCAGCGCUCUGUCUGACCCCUACCUCGCCUUCGCUGCUGCUAUGAAUGGGCUGGCCGGGCCCCUGCACGGCCUCGCCAACCAGGAGGUGCUGCUGUGGCUCACAGACCUGCAGAAGGAGCUGGGCCAGGACGUGUCGGAUGAGAAGCUGCGGGAUUUCAUCUGGAACACACUCAAUUCGGGCCGGGUGGUGCCGGGCUAUGGGCACGCCGUGCUGCGGAAGACGGACCCACGCUACACGUGCCAGAGAGAGUUUGCCCUCAAGCACCUCCCCAAGGACCCCAUGUUCAAGCUGGUGGCUCAGCUCUAUAAGAUCGUCCCCAACGUGCUGCUGGAGCAGGGCAAAGCCAAGAACCCAUGGCCCAACGUGGACGCACACAGCGGGGUGCUGCUGCAGUACUACGGCAUGAAGGAGAUGAAGUACUACACGGUGCUCUUCGGGGUGUCCCGCGCUCUGGGCGUCCUCUCGCAGCUCAUCUGGAGCCGGGCGCUGGGAUUCCCCCUGGAACGCCCCAAAUCCAUGAGCACUGCGGGGCUGAUGCAGCUCGUGGGCUACAAAUCCGGGUAAAAAGGGACGGGGUCAGGGCUGCGCUCGCUGCUCCCCCCGACGCCUCCGGGCCCGGGACGGACUCGGCACUGAACCCCACUCCGGCUGUGGGGGGGCAGCCCUGGGGGCCCCUCCUGCCCUGUGCCCCCUCCUCCCCAUAGCACAGGGCCCGGCCCCCUCCUUUGUGGCUCCUGUGCCCCCAGCCCGGCAGCACCACGCACACUGAGCCCCAGCUCCCCGCUGCCGGGGGGGGGGCGGAUUUGGGCCUCCCUUUGCAACCACUUCCCCCCCCCCGAGAGGGGUUCAGUCCCAGACUCCAGUCCGUGCCCCCCCCCGGGGGGGAUCCAGCCCUUGGGGCAGCUGGUGAAGAAUGAAUGUUUCAGCCCCCCCCCACCUUGAAAGGCCUCGAUACACUCCUCCCCAGCCCGCGCCCCCCGUGUUUGUGUGAAUCCCCACGUCUGAUGCCCCCGGAGCCAGAGCUGGGCCCCCCCUCCCCGUUGGCCCAGCCCCGGCCCAGCGCAGGCUUUGGGCAGUUCUGUACAAACAACGAUAAAAUGCAAAAUAAAUGUUUUUAUUAACAAAGCCCAAGCUGCUGCUACCCUCCCCAGCCGCCCCCCGGCACCCUCUGGGUGCUGGACCCAGACCUGGGGCUGCCCCUGUAGGGUGCCUGUAGGUACCCGGCUGGAGCCUGCUGGUUUUGGGGUGCAGACCUCCCCCCCAGCUCCCCUUGCCCCCCUCCCUGCCCCAUGGCUGCCCAGUGAGGAGCAGGAGGCCGGGCUCACCCUUGGAAAAUGCUCUUUAUUGGCAUAUGUAGAAGUCCUUCCUUGGACAGCAAGGCCACGAUCUCCUCCGUGAUGGGGAUGGAACUGGGGGGGCUGAGUGGGGGAGCCUAGGGCCGGGGGGGUGGCUCAGGGGGCCCCUCAUGGCCCCCCCAGUGGGCGUUACGGCCUGCUGGAGCUUGGGUCCUCCAGGCUGAAGGUAAGGGAAGCUCAGGGGGAGCAGGGGGCACCUCAGGCCGGGGCCGUGCUGGUCCCUGGGGCGGCAAGGGGCUAACGGGUUGGGGUAGGUGGGUGGGGGGACAGGGGCCGGCCAGAGCGAGCCCCCCAUCCCCCUGCUGUGCGUGUGACUUGUGCAAACUGUGCGACGUCGGGGCUGGCGGUGGGGCGGGCGCACGGCAGCUGCAGGCAAAGGGCGGGCAGCUCUGCCCCAGCCACCGCCUCACUCUGCCCCUUCUCCUUCCCUUUUAUUCCUGAAGAGCCAGGGCACGGGGCAGGGGGGGCCCCGGCAGCGAGACCCCCACCAACCACUUGUGUUCCCCAGCAGGAUCCGGCCGGGCUCCCCUGCCAGCGAGCACCAACCUUCCUCCUCUCCAGGGCAGGCAGAGCUGACCCGGGAGUUCCUCCACCGCGGGCGCAG